AUGGAGGGACUUUUCACAUUGCUCACAUUGAGCACUGUGAUGGCAAUUACGUCCUUCGUCGUGGGUUCAUUGCCGUUAGCAUUCAAACUUUCGCCUUCACAAUUAAGACUGAUAUCCUCCCUUGGAAUGGGAGUUUUGGUUGGAACAUCCUUGAUCGUCAUUAUACCCGAGGGAGUCGAAACCCUAUACGAUGCCGUGUCGACGGAACGACAAGACCUCAGCAGUCGCCCUACUGCCCUUCCGCACUUCCCCGAACGAUCGGGCAUCCCUACCGUCGCUACGGCAUAUCCUAAAGUAGACCGAGACACAGACCAGUGGGAUGAUUAUGUGAAACUCCCUGGCGUUGACUCCCCUUCUGUGCAUGUCCCGCGGGAGUCGCAUGUUGAGCAGGAAACGAAGAAGGACACCUCAAGCACGUCAAGUGCCAAAUCGGAAGAGGACCACAGCGAAGAGAGCUCCCCCCAUGCCUGGAUUGGCAUCGCGCUCAUCAGUGGCUUUAUUCUGAUGUACCUCAUCGACAAAAUCCCCGAGUUCGCAUCUCCGACCAAACCACAAAGGCCUCCCUAUCAUAUCUCAUUGGAUAACUUGGGAUCUGGGCUUCGUCGAAAUUCAUCGCCUUCGCGGGACGGGGGACUUUUGGAUGCCGCAAAUAGUCAACGAAGCAGCCAUAGCUUUGCGACGACUACUGGUCUAGUCAUUCACGCAGCCGCUGACGGGAUUGCUCUCGGGGCAUCGACUUCAGACACGGGACUGAGCUUUAUCAUUUUCCUAGCUAUUAUGGUUCAUAAAGCCCCCGCCUCUUUUGGGCUUACAUCGAUCCUUCUCAGGCAGGGCCUCUCAAGCCGUGCUGCUAGGACUCAUUUAUUCAUCUUUAGUUUGGCUGCGCCUGUUGGCGCCGUGGCGACUUUCUUGUUCGUACACCUGCUAGGCUCGGGAUCUACUGAUGAUACAGGUGCGCACUGGCGCACAGGGAUUCUUCUUCUUUUCUCAGCCGGGACAUUCCUAUACGUUGCCAUGCAUACGAUGCAGGAAAACAACUCAAUUUCGUCCCGCGAAUUGCCUGUUAAUGGUUACGAAGCUCGGGAUAUGGGGGCGAAGCCGGAUAAGUCAAUCAGAGACCUGGUUGCCUCUGUUAUUGGCAUGAUAUUGCCCCUCUUUCUCCAAAUCGGACAUGCUCAUUGA